UGUAUGUUUUCUGUGUGUGUAGUGUAUUGACGUCGAUUACUAAAGCAACACUACUGCAUCCAGUUUUGUGCUUCAUCUGUGUCAAAGCAAACGGUGCGUGAAAGUACGUCGUCUACAACGAGACGUAGGCUAAACCGACAAUUCAGGCUGGGCUUGGCUAAAGUGACACGCCACAAUGCCCACCGAAGGACCAACAUUGGACGACCGCGGUCUCGCGACACUUUCCCGGUCGUCGCGAAUUGAUCAAUUUCUGGCGGGAAAUGGUGGCCCACCAACCUCACCCACCAUCCGAGGAUCUUCCGGUGGUUCCGGCAGUGGCAGUGCUCGGACGCCUUCGUCCUCCUCCAGCGGGUACGAAAGCCAGCUAGCGUUCCAGCAUCACAUGAUGGCGUCCGGGGGUGGACCACCGCCCCAGCACCAUGGUCGUGAAAGUUCCGCCUUUGUGCCUGUGCUGCCCUCGAGAGCGCUCAGGCCCAGCCUUUAUCCGGGCGUUUUGGACGGUCCGCCGGAUGGCCUUUCGAAGGAGGGCGUGCCGAAGCGUGGUUCCAGCUACGAACUGAUGGCCAUGAUGGCCGACAAGCGAAAGGAACUCGCGCUCAGAGAAGCGGCCGCGGCCGCCAUGCUUCUACCCCGCGGUGGACCACCGGUACAGUCUCCUUCGGGUAUUUAUCCACCACCGGGUGCCUUUCUGGGUGGACCAGGGCCUUCGCCUACGUCGGCCGGUACGUUCACGUUUCCACCGGCGGGUGUUGGGCUAUAUCCACCGGGCGUUCCACCCGGCAUGCAUGCCGGGCUCGAUCGAAGGCUGCUGCGAGCACCCGGACGUGCAUCGCGACCGAAGAAACAGUUCAUCUGCAAGUUCUGCAACCGCCAGUUCACCAAAUCGUACAACCUGCUUAUCCACGAGCGGACACACACGGACGAGCGGCCCUACUCCUGUGACAUCUGUUUGAAAGCUUUCCGAAGACAGGAUCACCUACGCGAUCACAGAUACAUUCACUCGAAGGAAAAGCCAUUCAAAUGCACCGAAUGUGGCAAGGGUUUCUGCCAGUCGCGGACACUUGCCGUACACAAGAUCCUGCACAUGGAGGAAUCGCCCCACAAGUGUCCGGUGUGCAAUCGGAGCUUCAAUCAGCGCUCCAACCUGAAAACGCACCUACUCACCCACACGGACCACAAGCCGUACGAGUGCAACUCGUGCGGGAAAGUCUUCCGCCGGAACUGUGACCUGCGGCGCCACGCACUGACGCACACCGUCGGGGACGUCCCGUCGGAAGCGCUCGAUGUCGGGGUGGACGAUGACGGACAUCAGCUGAGCGGGGACGAAGAUGAGUCGGUGCUGGAGGUGGACUCACCCGUACACUCACCGGCUGGACGGAAUCGUUCGGUAUCGCCACCGCUGGAUAUGCCCGUGUCGGCAGAGCUGGACGACGACGAGCGGGAGGAAGACGAACGGCAACCGGAACGGAAUGCCCGUCGAGCCGCGCACGACGACGAUGAAAUGGACGAUGAGGACGAGGAGGAAGACGAUCUGAUCAGCGUGGCGGGCCACGAACCCGAUCCUACGCCGGUUGUGCAGUGUCACCAUGAACGGCCGAUGGGUUCGAAGAGCCCGUACACGAUGCGUCCACAGUACGAUCACGGCAGUCGCUCGUCGAUGUCUUCCCAAUCUUCACACCAUUCCAGCUCGAUGCAUCCCUCGGUACACGGUGAAGAUUCGCGUGAUAGUGGACCACUCACAAUGCCACACCCGUCCACACACGCUCCCGAUGUCUUCGUUCCGAUGCUUCAUGUAAGACGUGAUCUCCACCACAAGAUGGGACUGAUCGGACGUGCGUCAGCUACCAUCACAAGUGGUUCCAGUGGAGGACUUCUGGACAAUGGCGGUAGCUUCCUCAGCCACAUUCCGCUCCGCAAACGGGCGAUGGGCCCCGACGGAGAACCCCAUCCUAUAAUGAGUCGUGGUCUGCAUAUGACUCCUAAUGGUCGUGGACAUCACAAGAACCAUCUGGUGGAGGAUGUCCACUCGGGACCACCGGAUUCCCCACACCGUGAACCGAUACCACUGAUGUCGCCCUCUGUACCGUCUGCCUCGCCGGUACUGCUUUCACCUCAUCUUCCGCCGGGUCUUGCACUUCCACCGCCACCGCCUCCACCAGCACUGCCCAGCUCGAUGGCAGUGCCGAUCAAUUUGGCGAACCUGUCCAACCUACCCGUCGUGUUACCACCGGCAGCAACUUCAACCAGUUCAGUAUCUGGCAGCGGAACCAGUAGCAGUUCAGCAGCCUCACCGCACCUCCAUCAUCCGGUAGUGGUACCAUCUCAAGUGACAUCCUCCAGCACAUCGAAAGGUGCUGCCUCAACCACUACUUCUGCGUCUGCAACGAGUAGCGCGCCUCAGGGGGUGCCAGCACCACAACAACCGCCACGCAAGACGGGAUUCAGCAUAGAGGACAUCAUGCGUCGCUAGUGCCCUGCAGUUGUAGUGUUGCCGGUGACAAACAGUACAAAUUGGACCAACAUCAGCCUUCCGAAGACGCGUGGUACAAGUAUGCAUCUCUCUUAGAAUAGAUUCACCGGUUCGACACCAAGUGUCGAGCUCGGGUUUUUUUCCUUCCCAGGCGAAUGUGUUUGCAAGAGCAGUAAAACGUUAAGGCAACUCUUCCCCAACUAAGUGCUGGUAGGUUACGUUACGCUAAGCUAAGCUAGAGAGGUUAUCCCAACAGUGCCUUUACAUGAUGAUCUGCAGUAUGAAGCGUGUAGGUAGGUGAGCGCAGCGGUGGUACGAUCGUUUUUACUUCCAGUAAGAUAUAAGCAUUUCGACUAGGUAGCAUUAGGGUAGUUCUUCCACGAUACAGUAAUCCGAUAGUCUAUGUACAGGUGAGUCUCGCACUUAAGAACCCAGUUCCGAGGAUUAGGUAGGAAAAUCAGAGUCGGUAGUGAUCCACUCACAUCCGGGUCCCGGUAGUUCAGUUCCGGGGCUUUAUUGCGUGCCCGACGUGCCCGAGCCAAAAUGGCAGUUGUUAGUGAUAUAUUAAAAUGUAAGUAUGCAGCCAGAAGUGGAAAUCUGAUCCGGUUCCGAAACCGUUCAGUAAUCGUCUCCUUAUGCCCUUCAGCUGAGGGUAGUGUAGAUUUCAGUUACUGACCUGCUUAUGGUCGGUACACACCAGUUCGUUUUAGUUUGCAUUUAACGCUCGCUGUUACACACACUGAAUGACCGAACGAUGGAGCCAUAUUCAAUGUCCCUUUCAGGGGUACUGUACAGGGGGCCCAUCUCGUCAUUUGCUAGAAGUAUGUAGAGAUUAGCAUAUGUCAGGAACUGUUUUGUAGCCAGGAAUAGCGAUAGACACUCCUAAUGUAAGUUAUUUUGUGAUUCGCUCGAACAUUCGAAAAACCUUUUACUUGUGUGCUCUCGGGAGCUUUUAGCUAGAAUUAUAAGGAUUACAGCUUAUCCGACUCUGCGCCGCGUAAAAGAGUCUGCAAAUCGUACAAUCAUUUUCAAUAAUUGUAUUACGUUUUAUCUUUCUCCUCAAUGACUAGA